UUUCGGAAACUCCAAAAGCGUAUUCAUGAAACAACAACUUGUCGCUGAGUGGUUCAAAGACAUUUAUUUUGACCUAAAGUCUAAAGGGAUGAAACAUGGAGGAGUGUAUUUUUUGUUUAAGCCAUUUUAUUUUCCCGUUGACCUUAAUAUUAUCAAAUCAAUUAUGCAGACGGACUUCCAACAUUUUAUGAAUCAUGGUAUUUUUGUUAAUGAAGAAGGGGAUCCAUUAAGUGCGCAUUUAUUUGCACUGGAAGAUGAAAGAUGGAAAAACCUCAGGACCAAAUUGUCUCCGACGUUUACUUCUGGCAAACUAAAGAUGAUGUUUAACACUUUAGUUGAAUGUACUAAUGGAUUAAAAGAUAUGAUGGAUCAAUAUUCACAAAGCAAUACUCCAAUUAAUAUCAAGGACGCAUUGCAAAGGUUCACCAUUGACAUAAUUGGAUCAGUUGCUUUUGGAAUUGAAUGUGACAGUAUGAAGAAUCCAAAUUCAGAAUUUGCCAAAUACGGACGACGAAUAUUCUUCCUGAGUCCUAUUGAAGUUAUUAAGAACAUUGCCCUGUUUGCUCUCCCUCAUAAACUUCUCUUGUGGUUGAAUAUCAGUUUGUUCAAUAAGGAGGCCACGACAUUUUUCAUGGAUGUUGUUAGAAAAAAUGUCAAUUAUAGAGAAGAAAAUAACAUUUACAGAAAAGAUUUUAUGCAUUUGCUGUUACAGUUAAAAAAUCGUGGUAAAGUUUUUGACGACGAAAAACUAACAAGUGACGACGGUGAAAUUAAACAAAGUGCCCUAACAUUCAAUGAACUUGCUGCUCAAGCAUUCCUUUUCUUUGUAGCUGGGUACGAAACUUCUUCUACAGCAAUGACUUUUGCAUUGUAUGAACUUUCAACUCGGCCUGACCUUCAGAAGAAAAUUAGAGAUGAAAUCCAUGAAGUAUUGGAGAAACAUGACAACAAACUUACCUAUGAUGCUAUCAAAGAUAUGACAUAUUUAGAACAAGUCCUUCAUGAGGCUCUUAGAAAAUACCCACCAAUUCCGUUCUUAACAAGAAAAUGUAACAGAACAUAUAAAGUACCUGGAACAGAUAUGGUCAUCGACAAAGGCACCAUGGUGGGUAUUCCUGUUUUUGGAAUACAUAAUGAUCCAGAAUUGUAUCCUAACCCAGAAAAUUUUGAUCCCGAAAGAUUUUCUUCGCAAAAUAAAGCAAAAAGACAUCCAUUUGCAUGGUUACCUUUCGGCGAAGGACCGAGAGUGUGCAUCGGACUUAGGUUCGGAACACUGCAAGCUAAAGUCGGUUUGAUAACUAUACUUAAGGACUAUAAAGUAUCACUUAACAAUAAAACGGUCACUCCUAUCAAAUUUGAUCUGAAUUCUUCGGGUGUCUUGGCAAUUGAUGGUAGCCUAUGGCUAAAUGUUGAAAAAUUAAAUUAAUUAUGUUACUCUGUUAACUAAAAUAAGAAAGCAAUUGUAUA